AACAGGAAACAGAAUAAUGAAGUCUCAUUGAGGAAUUGGAGCAACGAGUCUCAACAUUUAUCUUUACAGCCGUUACAACUCCUCCUGAUACAGGAGGAAGAAGCUGUCAGCCACUUGUGUGUGAAGAUAAAGUCUGAGGCAGCUAUGUCUUCAGCGGUGGAUCUCAAAACCAAGGAGGAGAAGGAUGCAGAGUUAGACAGACGGAUUGAAGCUCUGAGGAAGAAAAAUGAAGCUCUGGUCAAGAGGUAUCAGGAAAUAGAGGAAGACAAGAAGAAGGCAGAGCAGGAGGGCAUCGCCAUAACAACACCUCGGAAGCCCCGCCCCCAUGAGCCGGAGACAGACAGGAGGAAGACGGAGAAGGAAAACUUCACAGUCACAGUCGACCUUUCCAAGCUGCCGGGGGAGAAGAGAGUUGUCAAUGACUGGAAACCUUCAACACCUCGCGGCCGGAAGACUUCAGAGGAAGGAGACGGACACCGAGGAGGUCCGAGCGACGGACACCGAGGAGGUCCGAGCGACGGACACCGAGGGGGUCCGAGCGACGGACACCGAGGGGGUCCCAGUGACGGCCACAGCCCCCCGAGGAGGACCGGCUCGGGACGAAUGGGUCGAGGAGGUCAAAGAGGAGGAGCAGGAGGCCGCCAAGAAAGAAGAGAGUGGGAACCCAGGACGCCCAGAGAUGGAGAGCCUGGGGAGUCAGGAGGACCGGGACGCAGAGGAGGAAGGAGAGGAAGAGGAGGAGGAGGAGGAGGUGGUGGAGGUGGUGGAGGUGGUGGAGGAGGAGAAGGAGGAGGAGGGACACCAGGUGGCAUGGACAGGAAGUCCAAGGAGUGGGAGGAGAAGAGGCGACAGAACAUCGAAAAGAUGAAUGAAGAAAUGGAGAAGAUAGCAGAGUAUGAGAGAGGACAGCGGCAGGACGGAGACAAACCGAUCCGUAACUUCCUGGACGACCCGAGACGCUCCGGCCCGGCGCCCGACAUUGACCGCAAGGAGGGCAGCAGGAGACAUGUGAGGAACUGGGGAGGGCUGGACUUUGACAACGUGAAGACCGGAGCUGAGCUUGAGAAAGAGUGGACCAGUCGGAGGCCUGGUCCAAAAGGCUCCAUGGACAUGACCAUGUCUAUGACGGGCCGGGAGAGGACGGAGUACCUGCGCUGGAAGAAGGAGCGUGAGCAGAUCGAUGAGGAGAGACUGGCACGCCAUCGUAACGCCACGGGCCAGUGGAGACGAGAGUGGGACGCACAGAAGACGGAGAACAUGUUCAAGGAGGACCCAUAUGCAGCCUCAGAGGGCAUCACACCAGAGCAGGGAGGCAGGAGAGAUGACAGCAAGCACCCUCCUAAAGCUCCAACGUUUGGUGACUUCCUGUCCCAGGGCAGGACCCCCGGGCAGCGAGGCGAGCGUGGCAGAGGGAGGGGCCGAGGACAGAAACAGAGUUACAGCAUGCAUGACAACCGCUGGGAAGGAGAGAAAGAAGAGGACAAGGAGGAGAAGACAAAGAGAGAAGAAAAGCCUAAAAAGACAGAGAAAGAGGAAGUCAAACCCAAACCUCCCACAGCACAGAAGGUGGAGGGGAAGAACGCAGAUGGAGAAGAUGAUGAAGAUGAAUGGGAGGACGCCAGCGACGGAGAAGACGAGCAGGGAAGCGACUCAGAGCACGAUGAGAAGAAAGACACGGGGAAAGAGAAACUAGCCAAGAGCAAAGACAACUCCCCGACGUCUCCCAAGCCUCGUUCUCGACCCACGUCUGCAGGAAGCCCCAAAGAGCAGCGGACCCCCAGGCCAAAGAUCCACAUCCCCCCACCGACGGUCCAGGAGUCCCCGGAGGGAGGGAAACCCCUCAGCCCCUUCUCCCCGCUGGACAGCCACCAGCCUGUCACAGACUGGGGCGAGGAGAUGGAGAUGCUCUCCCCCCGGAGCAGCAUGGGAGGAGAGAGCCCCCUGAAAGCCUCCAGUGAGGAGUCCAGUCCUCCCCAGAAGAAGGAGAAGGAGCUGGAGGAGGAGACGGAGAGCCAAGCUGCAGGCUCCAAUGUAGCUGCUGAGCCACAGAAAGAGGAGGACACAGCCAUAGACGUUUCCUCUUCUUCAGAGGAGGCUAAAGUCCAGCAGACUGUGAUAGUUUCAGAGCCAGAGUCCGUCCUCACAGACCCCCCCGCUGCACCUCCAUCUGACCCGACCCCCUCCGAGGUCAGUGAUGAGGCGGUGACAAUGGAACAGGAAACACCUGCAGCGCCAUCACAAGCAGAAGACCUGGACGCCGCUCCCUCUCCAGCCGCCCCGACGGCCGAUCAGAGCUCGAGUGAAUCAGCAGAGGAGACGGAUGACGAGACGGAUGACGAAACGGAUGACGAAACGACUCCCACUGAGACCGACGCUGCUCCCACGGCAGAGACAGAGGAGUCCUCGGAGCAGGUGUCCUCGGAGCAGGUGUCCUCAGGCUGAAGAAGCUUUCACCAAACGGAGGAAGAUGUAAAGAUGACAGCAGCACAUUUAUCACUGGAGAGAUCGUCACACAUCCAAAUAGAAAAAGAAAAACUGACUUUAACCACCAUGAGGAGGAGGAAUGUGUCUCUCUCUCAGCUGUUUGUUGUGGAUCAGUGGGUCUGAUCACCUCCGGGCCGCCGCCAGACACCGUUUGUCUCACUCUCCUAACAUUUGAAGUGUGAAAUCCCUGUCAGCCACUGCUUUAUCAAAAUGUUUUGUUUUCUCACAGUGGGGUUUUCUCUGCACUGUGAAAAUGAACCGAGUGUGAUCUGAUUUUGUCCAAAAGACAUUUUUAGAUCGUUUUCACAGAAGAUCUUUUGAGAGAAAUUCACAAACAAACAAAGUGUUCCCUCUUUUUAUAUUUUAAGUUUAUGAACUGAUCCCAUCGAGGAGCUAUAAGACGUCAUUUAAGUGAUGACAUUAAUGUGGUAUGACUGAUCCAGUCUCCUGCAGAGUCUUUUGAUAACAUCCCUGAACCAAGUGGACCAGUCCACAGUGGAUGAUGCAGGAUGUGGGCAGGUUUUGCAGUGAAUUUGUGUGCACACUGCAAAAAAGGUGUUUCUAAAAACAAGAUAAAAACACUAAAUCUGAGGGGAAUGAUCCAGUUCAUGACUGCUUGCAGCUUUAAUUUAUCUGGUUUUAAGAGUUAAUUUGUUAUUUUAAGCGUUCAACAUGCUUAUUUCUAGAUUUAAUAAUCUUAAUUUAAGAAAUCUUGUCAAGUGAAAUUAUCUGUCCAUGCAGCAAGAUCAUCUUUUUUUUUGCAUUUUUCAUUUCACUGACCUUUUUUUAUUUUUAUAAAGGUUUAAGAUUCCAAAAAUGAAUUAAUAUUUUAGUUAUGAUCAGAACUGAUUUAAAAACAAUGUGACUCAGUGAAAGUGGAAAAUAAUCAUGUGUAAUAUUUUCAUAGCAGUUUUAGAAGUGGAUCAUUUCUGUCCUCUGAGGACAUCAGGGCGUCUUUUUUUAAAGCGAGGCACACAUUAAGGGUUAAUUAGGAGUGAUUGUGGUCUCUGUCAUCUCCAUUAGUGUUCAGAACGGGGACAUGGGACUCCACUCUGCAGCCUCUCUUGCUCUUUGGUUUUAUUUUGUGGUUUUUAAUGACUUGGUUUGUUAGAUUGUACAUGGAAAAAACACAUUUUUUAUUAUAAGAUCCUACACUGCAAAAAAUGUGUCUAAAACCAGAUAAAACAGUAAAUCUGAGGGAAAUGAUCUUGCUGCAUGGACAGAUAAUUUACCUUGAAAAGAUUUCUUAAAUUAAGAUUAUUAAAUCUAGAAAUAAGCAUGUUGAACACUUAAAAUAAGAAAUUAAAACCACAUAAAAUCAGAAUAAAACCAUUAAAAACCAGAAUAAAACCAGAAUAAAACCAAUAAAUUUCUUAAAUUAAGAUUGUUAAAUCUAGAAAUAAGCAUAUUGAACGCUUAAAAAAAAGAAAUUAACUCUUAAGACAAGAUAAAUUCUUAUUUAUUCUAAGUAACUUCUAGAUCUAAAGUUGUUGUUUUUUAAUCUUGGUAAGAACCAAAUAAUCAUCAGGUCACUCUGCUCGGGCCAGUUCAUCGCUGCUUGCAGCUUUAAUUUAUCUUGUUUUAAGAGUUAAUUUCUUAUUUUAAGUGUUCAACAUGCUUAUUUCUAGAUUUAAUGAUCUUAAUUUAAGAAAUCUUGUCAAGGUAAAUUAUCUGUCCAUGCAGCAAGAUCAUUUCCCUCAGAUUUAGUGUUAUUUGGUUUUUAAACACCUUUUUUUGCAGUGCAAUAACUUUUGUUGUUUUUUUAAAUAAGACUCUAUCAGCCUGACUCUUAACUCUUCAAUCAUGAUCAUAUAAGUGUGAUUUAUUUCAUGUUUUCCAUCAGCUGUUGUAGAAUAAGUGACUUCAAUGAGCAGAUUAACUCCAGGAUCAGGUGUGUUGCUUGAGGCCAGAACACCAUGUGACCUAUCAAAUAUAAACAAUUAUGUCCUUCGAGGCGGCGGUCCAUUUGCUGUUUUAAUUAUGUAAUCCUGCGUCACAAUCAAGAACAUUUGAUAUUUUCAGUGAUGCAGACUGCUGUCAGUUUGUGAAUCAUCACUUCAUCUCUCUCUCUCUUUAUGUGACACACUGCCUCUUUAAUGAAUCAGUUUUAAAAUUAACUGUCUCGUUCCAAAAGGGUUUCAUGGCAUAAAAAAAUAUUUGUGUUAUUGGUUUCAUGUUAAAUAUGUAUAUUUUUAAACAGCCAUGACUCUAAUGUGGACUUACAGACUUGCAUUAAAGUAAUACGGGGUAGAAAUAUGAAUUAUGAACAGUUUUAUUUUGGAAUGAAAGCCUUCACUCAUACCUCAGCAGACCAAGGGCUUUUAGUUUGGUUUGUUAUUGAGUCUUUGAAUCAUGCCUGCGGUCGCCGGUGGCGUUCGAGGACGCUGGGAAAAAUGGGUUGCUUUAAUGUUUUUGUCAGAGGAAUAAAAAUGACGUAUUUGGAUUGAAAGGAACUGCAAUAUGUACAGUUUUUAAAUGGAAAUAAACAUUCCACAGUUGGGUGUUUGUGCAAAAAUGUAGCCUGAGAGCUAUGAAAACACGUUUUUGCAUAUGGAUAUGUUUGUUUUUCUGAGUUCGAUGACUGAUUGUAACAGGAGAUACUUCAACGUUCACCCGUUUCUACGACGUCUUCCUGUUUGAUACGUGAAAUCGCUCUGAGAACUAACAAGGUUUUUUUAGGACUAGCAUGAAUCCGAAAUUGUAGCUUUUUAAUGUUGUGGAAGCCAUUGAUGAAAUAAAUAAAUGUUCCAUCAGCUCGCAUGUCACAGAGCAGAAGAGCCCGAAAGUUUGUUCACAUGAAACGUAAAGCAAACUGUUGCUUUCUCAGUUUUUGUUUCUCUCAUUUAGCCAAUAAAUGUAUUUCUCUGA